UGGAACCGCUGAUAUGAACACCAUAUAUAUAUUUACACAUAACGUUUGAAAUGUUUUUAGUGGGUUUUGAGGCACAUCUGACAGGUGGAUAAAAUGAAGUUCUUGAAAGCCCUUGCUGCAUUUUUUGGAGUCAUCCUAUCUUGGUCUUUGGCCAGUGAAGUUAUCAAUGCGAGCAACCAAAGAAAUGUUGAUAGCAACACCCAUCAAGCUGUGAAUGUCAACCAACAAGCUCAGAUUGUCAAUAUCCACAAUUACCAUGGGUGGAACGGAUGGGAUGCCAUCUGGGACUACAGGAAGGGUCUUUUUGCUACCAGGCUGUUCCGUAAGAGGGCUUGUGUGGUGGCAACAAUGGAUCUGAAGACAUUCCCAAGGCUGGAGACACUUAGCAGUUUCAGAGGACACAAGACUGGAAAAAACAUUCCUUUAUCCCAUGACUCAAGAUUCUCAAUUGGCAAGACCCAUGUCAAGAACCUUGCCCAGUUUGGACUUGCAAUUGAGCAGCUGUGCAGAGGGAUCCCCACAUACUAUGCACAUCCGGAACAAGGAACAAAUCUUCCUGCAUUAAGUCCAGGUUGUGCAAAUGUUGGAAUCCUAAACUUAUUUGGCAUCUCUCUGUGUGGUAACAUUCCCAACUGCUAAGACUGCCACAGACUCAACCCUCGGUUUUCCCUGCAUUCUCCUCAGAAUAGUCCUGCUAAUUCCUGCUAUCAUAUUUCCCAUUCAUCAUUUGAUUUUCCUGAUUAAAAGUCCAUCCUGGCUUCCAGUUGUUAAAUAAUAAUA